UUCCGCAAGUUAUUAAAAAUACACGUGUACAAUACACCCAAUACAAGUUAAAGCCAAAUCGUUCUAAUCUUGAGUUGCUGCCUCAGUUUUUAGCUCCUCUUCUCGAAAUAGCGGAGAAUAUAAUUCUCUUUGUUUCAAUUGCUGGGGUUGCGUAAACUUAGUUUCAAAUGUACACACUGUACUAUGGUAACGAUCUGCUACAGAUUACUGUAGAUUCCAGCAUUGUGUGUGAAAUUCCAUCCGCAAUUAAAAUAUGGAAGGGCCUUGCUCCAGAAGACUACUACAUCACUCAAUGUGGCCGGCGACUUGAUGCAUGGCACAACUUGCGCAGCAGUGUUCCUUUACGGAUCAACGAAAGGCUUACCGGUGGCAAGGGAGGUUUUGGUUCGAUGCUGCGUGCAAUCGGAGCACAGAUUGAAAAAACCACCAAUCGCGACGCAUGUCGUGAUUUGAGUGGGCGCCGUUUGCGUGACAUCAAUGAGGAAGAGCGACUGAAGGCGUGUACGGCGAAACAGCAGUAUUCUUCAAAGAAUGAUCACAACAAAAUUCUUAGCCAAAUCGAGAAACUUACCAAUUCCAAACCAAAUGUUGAGGAUCAACAGCACCAACGUGGCAGCAUUUACGGGGUUGAUAUUGCGGAAGAGGCUAUAAAUGAAGGAUUGGGAAAAGCAAGCAAAAGAAAACGCAGUGCCGCAAACAGAGGUAACGCUAAAAGAGGCCGUGAUUGUGCGUGGAUUGGGAUGGAACAUAUUUCUUCAGGAAGUGAGACAGAUUCUUAACCGGGUUAAAUAAUAACCAAUGUUCUGCGUCCGA